AGUAGAAUACUGGUGACAAUGCAAUUGUUCUAUUACCCAUCGUUCAUGUUGCGGUAACUUUGCGUUCAGGAGAAUGCUGCUAUCAAAGUUAUUGGAUUCUCUGAUGACGAUGCUAUUCAGCGUCCACAUUUAAUGGAAUUAACUUGUUGUGUCGAGCGUCUAUCCAACGAAGCCUACGACAAUAUGCACUAGGAUCCACUUAAUGUUACGAUAAUUAUUUAUUUUAUUUAAAUAAGUCGCAAUGUUUACAAUAAUUGAGUCUACAUUUUCUAGCUUAUCGUUAAUCAGCAUCAGAGCAAUUUAAAUAACAGUAAAUAAUGAUUGAGAUCGCACAUCGCAAUAAAUUCAUUUACAAUUCAGCUAAGUACAGCUUACGCGAAAGAGAAAAUUAUUGUUGAUAUCACGUCAAGUACCGACAUUCGCAGCACUAGUGCUGGACAAAUAUCAUAAAUAUUUACUUUAGACUGACAUGCAAGUUUGCAAAUUGACUAAGGGUGGGAUCGUUAAUCGUCCAGAAGAAUCAACCGCAGCAACACGUCGGAUAUUAGUUUGUUUAAAACUUUUAAGUUUGCACACUAAUUGAUUUAUUGUCCUUCGUAAUUGCGCUAUGAUACACCCAGCCGAGGAAUCUGAUCAGCCAUCACUGAUCGCCAGUGAAAUAAAACAUAAAGCAGUGCCUUGUGAACCGGCGUUCAAUACCUGGGAUAUUUUAAAAAACGACCAAGUGAAGCCUAUCAGGCCAGGACUAAUGAGAAAUUCAGAUAGUCUUCAUGUUGCCUUGAGGCCUGUUAUAACUCUUGCGCAAUGUUUCGCACUUUUUCCUGUCAAUGGAAUUAAUGCACCCGAUGCAUCUGGUCUCAGCUUCACUUGGCAAAGUUUUAAAAUACUUUACUGUGCAUUAACACUGAUAAUGUCAGCGUUUAUGACAGUAGCCAGUAUUAUUCGCAUUCUUUCAACUAAAUUCCACACUACAAAAAUAACAACUUUGGUAUUUUCUCUUACUUCAUGUUUAACAAGUAUAAUGUUUUUAAAAUUGGCAAGAACGUGGCCAAAAUUUGCUAAAUCCUGGGAAAAAGUUGAAGGGGAAUUAAAAAUACGCUAUAAUCAACCAUCUAAAUAUUCUCUGGUAAAAAGAUUUAAAGUUGUCACUAUAAUAAUAGUAACUCUUGCAUUCUUCGAGCAUGCCUUGUCGCUUGCCUCCGGAUACAUAAGCGCUCGGGAAUGCGCAAAUCUUCUGGGCGACACUGACGUCGCGGCUAUUUAUUUCAAGACCCAAUUUCCCCAGGUAUUUAAUAAAACUAAUUACGCAUUAUGGAAGGGAAUUGUCGUGCAAUGUACCAAUGUACUGAGUACUUUUUCAUGGAAUUUUAUGGACUUAUUUCUUAUUCUUCUGAGCACGGCACUUACUUAUCACUUUAAUCUUCUCAACCAACGUCUCAACAAUGUUAAGAAUAAAACGAUGCCUGAGUGGUGGUGGGCAGAAGCAAGAUCUGAUUACAAUAAUCUUGCUAGUUUGACAAGACAAGUUGACUCUUAUGUUGCACAUAUUGUGCUACUGUCUUUUGGAACUGAUCUUUAUUUUAUUUGCAUUCAACUGAUGUAUUCAUUCGACCGGAUGACUAGUGUUAUGAGGACAAUUUACUUAUCUUAUUCCUUUGGGUUUCUUCUUGGUAGAACGACAGCAGUAUCACUGACGGCUGCAUCUGUUCAUGAUGAAUCUUUGCUACCAGCACCUGUUCUGUACGGCGUCAAUGGAUCAAGUUAUUCUUCAGAAGUAAUAAGAUUUUUAACCCAAGUAACGACAGACAAUAUUGGCCUUACGGGUAUGAAAUUUUUUUCCAUCACCAGAAGCUUCGUACUCACAGUCGCAGGGACAAUAGUUACUUACGAACUUGUUCUAAUACAAUUUAAUAAUGUCCAACAAGUGAACCAUUUAAACCUCACUAACGUUUGCGAGGUGAAGUAGAACCCAAAAAUAUCGAAUGGAAAGCAAUUAGUCAACUUUUCAAAGGUAUUAUAGUAGUAUUUUUUAAAUGAUAUGCAGAUAUAUAUUUUCCGGUAUGUAUUAAAAGUUAUUUUUAUUUUUUAACAAGACUAUUUUUUUCCCGAUUCAUCGUUCUUGGAAUCAGGUUAAUUUAUAUCCAGCGAAACAAAACGAAAAAUAAUUAAUACGUGAGGUGAGACAUCACUAAAAAAAAAAUUGAUUUAAUAGACCAUAUCAACUGUCAUAUCUUCAGAGAAUAAAAAUAUAUAUAUAAAAAUAAUAAAUUAACUUAAACAUGCGAUGUUGUACUCAUUAAAUAAAUAGUUGUUUCUUUUAUAUAUUUUUUCAGCGAGCUUGCGUCGUGGGAGAUGAAUUCAUAUAAUAAAAUAAAAUCAACAAAUAUAUAUGAUAUAUAAUUAAAAUAUUUUAUUACAUGAUAAUCAAAAAUUUAA